CCCUGUUAAGAAAUGGAAACACACAAGUUUAUUGCUUGCUAGCCCUGAUCGGCCAACAGCCGUCUAAUCAGAUCUCGCGUUGGCCGCAUUGGCGGGAAGCGCGCCUUUUUCCCGCCAAAUUCAGCUUUCUUCUCACUUUCUAGUUUCUUUCACCAUUUCUCUCGUUUCGUCCAGAAACCCUAUCCGCGCCAUGGCCGACUCCUCUCCUUACGGUACAUCUUCUCCUGAUGGCAAAUCAAGCCCCAUUCCCAACACCAACUCCUCCCCUUUACCCUCCUCCAAUGGGGACCUGCGACGUCCCGGAAAACUACGCCGUCGACAUCCCGUCGCCGGCAGCCCUGUUAUCUCCUCUUCGCCAGGAGCCUACCGUACCCCUCUUUCUUCUUCCAGGCAACGACGUCGACAAGCCACUCCCUCCACUCCUGCAACUCCUAUCUCCUCUUCCGACGCCAUGGGUCCAUCCUCGGACGCUGGCGACGAAGCAGACGCAGGAGUUGAUGGGGAAGACGCUGACUCAACUCCUGUCUUUGUAUGGGGGACCAACAUAAGCGUGCAAGAUGUUAACGCCGCAAUUCUACGUUUUCUCCGCCACUUCCGCGACCCUAGGAGGGCUUCCGACGGUGGAAUUAACGCGGUUCCCCGGAUAUUGGAGCUGGAGGGAGGGGAGUCACUGGACGUGGAUGCACACGAUGUGUUUGAUUAUGAUCCUGAUCUGUAUGGAAAGAUGGUGAGGUAUCCGCUCGAGGUUCUGGCAAUCUUUGACAUUGUGCUUAUGGACUUAGUCGCUAGAAUCGAACCUCUGUUUGAGAAGCAUAUUCAAACAAGGAUUUAUCACCUCAAAACCUCGAUUUCCAUGAGGAACCUCAACCCCUCUGAUAUUGAGAAGAUGGUGUCGGUGAAGGGAAUGAUCAUUCGAUGCAGCUCUAUCAUACCUGAGGUCAAAGAGGCAAUUUUUAGGUGCCUGAUUUGUGGCCACUUCUCUGAACCCAUUAUGGUGGAUCGAGGGCGAAUUAAUGAGCCAACUAGGUGUGGAAGACAGGAAUGUUUGGCCACAAACUCCAUGGCAUUGGUCCAUAAUCGAUGCAGAUUUGCAGACAAGCAGAUAGUUAAGUUGCAGGAGACACCAGAUGAGAUUCCUGAAGGUGGAACUCCGCACACAGUCAGCAUUCUUAUGCAUGACAAACUGGCGGAUUUAGGGAAACCUGGAGACAGGGUUGAGAUUACUGGGGUGUAUCGAGCUAUGACUGUUAGAGUGGGACCAACUCAGAGAACUGUUAAAUCUAUUUUCAAGACAUACAUUGAUUGUCUCCACUUAAAGAUGACUGACAAGUCAAGGCUACAUGUGGACGAUCCCAUGGAAUGCAGUAAUAAUUCUAGUGGGGUUGACACUGCAGAGGUUUCACAAGAGUUUCAAGAUAAGAUCGAUAAGUUGAAAGUGCUCUCAAAGCUACCUGAUAUUUAUGAUACGCUGACAAGGUCUCUAGCUCCAAAUAUAUGGGAAUUGGAUGAUGUGAAAAAGGGCCUUCUCUGUCAGCUUUUUGGUGGUAAUGCUCUUAAACUACCAUCCGGAGCAAGCUUCCGUGGAGACAUCAAUAUUCUACUUGUUGGAGAUCCUGGAACCAGCAAGUCCCAGCUGCUUCAGUACAUGCAUAAAUUGUCUCCACGUGGCAUUUAUACUAGCGGCAGAGGAAGCUCUGCUGUUGGCUUAACUGCAUAUGUCACGAAGGACUCGGAAACCGGUGAAACGGUUUUGGAGAGCGGAGCACUUGUCCUCAGUGACAAAGGUGUUUGUUGUAUAGACGAGUUCGAUAAGAUGUCGGAAAAUGCACGAAGUAUGUUGCAUGAGGUUAUGGAACAACAAACAGUAUCGAUUGCAAAGGCUGGGAUAAUUGCUUCCUUGAAUGCCAGGACAUCUGUAUUGGCUUGUGCAAAUCCUAGUGGAUCUCGUUAUAAUCCUCGGCUUUCAGUCAUCGAGAACAUUCACCUUCCUCCAACCCUACUCUCCAGGUUUGAUUUGAUUUACCUAAUUUUGGACAAAGCUGACGAACAGACAGAUAGGCAGCUUGCAAAGCAUAUUGUUGCUUUGCAUUUUCAAGACCCUGAGAAUAUAGUGCAGGAUGCUGUGGAUCUUUCUACUCUUAUUGCAUAUAUUAGCUAUGCAAGAAAGCAUGUCCAUCCCAUACUCUCUGAUGAAGCUGCUGAAGAACUAACCCGUGGUUAUGUUGAGUUGAGGAAAAGAGGAAAUUCUCCAGGAAGCAGUAAGAAGGUUAUAACAGCAACAGCUAGGCAAAUAGAGAGCUUAAUUCGUCUUAGCGAAGCUCUAGCUCGAAUGCGAUUCUCUGAAUUGGUCGAAAAAUGGGAUGUGAUCGAGGCUUUUAGGCUGCUGGAAGUUGCAAUGCAGCAGUCAGCAACUGAUCAUGCAACAGGUACGAUCGACAUGGAUCUUAUAAUGACUGGGAUUUCUGCGAGUGAAAGAAUCAGACGGGAGAACCUGGCUGCUGCAACCCGGAACCUUAUAAUGGACAGAAUGCAAAUCGGAGUAUCGCCAACUCGAGUAGUUGAGUUGCUGGAAGAGCUGAGGAAGCAAAGCUCCAUGGAAAUCCAACUUCAUGAUCUGAAGAAUGCCCUCACCACUCUAAUGAGCGAAGGGAUGGUUGUUCUAAUUGGUGAUAGCGUGAAAAGAAUAUGAUUAGACAUUCAUUUUCUUUAGUCAUCGAUAGUGAGAAUUUGAAGGCAGAGAUAUACAUAGAAUCUUGAAUGUGCUGAAAUGUUGCUAGUUUUUUUAUUACUAAAUAUAUUGGAGAUUCCCAACUGGAGUUGUAGUGCAGUUGAGCAAAUUACUGUUAAUGAACGAAACCAGUUGUUUAUUAUUUAUAAUAUUUUAUGAAGUGCCUAUUAAUUUUAAAUUGCCUUU